AUGCGGUUCUGGGUGGAUUGGGCUCUCUGGCAAAAACUGAGCAUGGUUCUUGCAGUUCUCCUGGCGAUAGUCCUCGUCUACGCUUUCUGCGUCCUUGCGUAUAACCGACGAAUGACCAGAAAACAUGCCGCCGCUGAAGCGUAUCAGAGAAUGGAGCGGGGCACCGAGCUACAUCCGGUGUCGACUGGAGGCAGCGACAUACCAUUUGGCGCCCGGGCGCUGGAGAAGGGUGUCCAGGUAGAUGGUAUUUGGAUUUCUACCAGCAACACUUCAAGCCCAGCGCAGCUCGCAACCCCAAACGCAAGCAGGCCGACGACGCCAGUCGUAAAGCAAACACAUAAAUCCUCGGCUGCUGACAUGGCAAGCGAUGUACAAUCCCGCUGGCACAAGGAACAGUCUGCUCUCAAGGCAGUUGGUGGUGACUUUCGACGAUUUGUGGCGCCGUCCAGAAAAGAGAUCGCGGAUAGCAGCAAGUCCAACAGCGGUGAUUCCGGCAGACUUCCUGGGAAUCAGCUUAUUCAUUCAGAUAUUGUUACGCCUCAGGAGUCCCAAAACUCAGUCGGAUCAGAUAGACGAUCAUCGCGAGGAUUCUUCGGCCCACAUAGCUCAUGGCUGACAAAGUCCCCCGAGAAGACCAAGCGGAAGUCGGUCGCUGACGGGCACCGUCGAGGGCAAUCGUCGGAAGAUUUCAGGCGCAGGAUCAGCAGGUUGAUCGAGGAAAAUAUCCAAACGCGUCCGAAAGAGGAAUUCCAGCUGAAGCCUCUACCGCGAGAUGGCGUGCAUCGACACAAGUAG